AUGGUUUCAUUUUUUAAAACUCCAAUCUUUAUUUUAAUUAUCUUUUUAUACUUAAAUGAAAAGGUAAUAUGUUCAAUAAAUGAAAAUCAAAAUGAAAAUGAUACCAUUAGUCAAAAUGUCAACCAACAUGAAAAUAUUAAUCAAAAUGUAAAUGAUAAUGACAAUAUUGAACAAUUAAAAUCCAUGAUUGGAAAUGAUGAACUACAUAAGAAUUUAACAAUAUUAGAAAAAUUAAUUUUAGAGUCUUUAGAAAAAGAUAAAUUAAAAUAUCCUCUCCUUAAACAAGGAACUGAACAAUUGAUAGAUAUAUCAAAAUUUAAUAAAAAAAAUAUUACAGAUGCGGAUGAUGAAACGUACAUCAUACCCACCGUCCAAUCAACGUUUCACGAUAUUGUGAAAUACGAACAUCUUAUAAAAGAACAAUCAAUAGAAAUUUACAAUUCUGAUAUAUCAGAUAAAAUUAAGAAAAAAAUUUUUAUAGUAAGAACAUUGAAAACCAUAAAAUUAAUGCUUAUACCAUUAAACUCGUACAAACAAAAUAAUGACUUGAAAUCUGCACUCGAAGAAUUAAAUAAUGUAUUUACAAACAAAGAAGCUCAAGAGGAAAGCAGUCCAAUAGGCGACCAUGGGACAUUCUUUAGAAAAUUGUUAACACAUGUUAGAACAAUUAAAGAAAAUGAAGAUAUAGAAAAUAAAGGAGAAACACUUAUAUUAGGCGAUAAUAAAAUAGAUGUAAUGAAUUCAAACGAUUUCUUUUUUACAACCAACUCAAAUGUAAAAUUUAUGGAAAAUUUAGAUGAUAUAACAAAUCAAUAUGGAUUAGGUUUGAUUAAUCAUCUAGGUCCUCAUUUAAUAGCCUUGGGUCAUUUUACCGUAUUAAAAUUAGCACUAAAAAAUUACAAAAACUAUUUUGAAGCAAAAAGUAUUAAAUUUUUUAGUUGGCAAAAAAUUUUAGAGUUCUCCAUGUCUGAUAGAUUUAAAGUUCUUGAUAUGAUGUGUGACCAUGAAUCUGUAUACUAUUCCGAAAAAAAACGUAGAAAAACAUAUUUAAAAGUUGACAGAUCAAAUACAUCUAUGGAAUGUAAUAUAUUGGAAUAUUUAUUACAUUAUUUUAAUAAAUACCAACUAGAAAUAAUUAAAACUACACAAGAUACUGAUUUUGACUUACAUGGUAUGAUGGAACAUAAAUAUAUAAAAGAUUAUUUCUUUUCAUUUAUGUGUAAUGAUCCUAAAGAAUGUAUUAUUUAUCAUACGAAUCAAUUUAAAAAAGAAGCCAACGAAGAAAACACAUUUCCUGAACAAGAAGAACCUAACCGUCAAAUAAGUGCAUUUAAUUUAUAUUUAAAUUAUUAUUAUUUCAUGAAACGUUAUAGUUCAUAUGGAGUAAAAAAGACAUUAUAUGUUCAUUUAUUAAAUUUAACUGGACUUUUAAAUUAUGAUACAAGAGCAUACGUGACAUCACUUUAUUUACCAGGAUAUUACAACGCUGUCGAAAUGUCUUUUACGGAAGAAAAAGAGUUUUCCAAACUUUUUGAAAGCUUAAUACAAUGUAUUGAAAAAUGCCAUUCAGACCAAGCAAGGCAAAUAUCAAAAGAUAGUAAUUUACUUAAUAAUAUAACAAAAUGUGAUUUGUGUAAAGGAGCCUUUUUAUAUGCUAAUAUGAAAUUCGAUGAAGUUCCUUCAAUGUUGCAAAAAUUUUACGUAUAUUUAACUAAAGGUCUCAAAAUACAAAAAGUAUCAUCACUAAUCAAAACGCUAGAUAUAUAUCAAGAUUACAGCAAUUACUUAUCACAUGAUAUUAAUUGGUACACAUUCCUAUUUUUAUUUAGACUUACAAGUUUUAAAGAAAUUGCAAAGAAAAAUGUUGCUGAAGCAAUGUAUUUAAAUAUAAAAGAUGAAGACACAUUCAACAAAACGGUAGUAACAAACUAUUGGUACCCAUCUCCUAUAAAAAAAUAUUAUACAUUAUAUGUUAGAAAACAUAUACCAAAUAAUUUAGUAGAUGAAUUGGAGAAAUUAAUGAAAAGUGGCACUUUAGAAAAAAUGAAAAAAUCUCUCACCUUUUUAGUACAUGUGAAUUCAUUUUUACAAUUAGAUUUUUUCCAUCAAUUAAAUGAACCACCUCUUGGAUUACCUCGAUCAUAUCCAUUAUCGUUAGUUCUCGAACAUAAAUUUAAAGAAUGGAUGAACAGUUCGCCAGCAGGUUUCUAUUUUUCAAAUUAUCAAAAUCCAUAUAUCAGAAAAGAUUUGCAUGAUAAAGUUUUAUCACAAAAAUUUGAACCACCUAAAAUGAAUCAGUGGAACAAAGUUUUGAAAUCAUUAAUUGAAUGCGCAUAUGAUAUGUAUUUUGAACAGAGACAUGUUAAAAAUUUAUAUAAAUAUCAUAACAUUUAUAAUAUAAAUAACAAAUUAAUGUUAAUGCGAGAUUCAAUCGAUUUGUAUAAAAACAAUUUUGACGAUGUGUUAUUUUUUGCGGAUAUAUUUAAUAUGAGAAAAUAUAUGACAGCUACACCAGUAUAUAAAAAAGUAAAAGACAGAGUGUACCAUACAUUGCAUAGUAUUACAGGAAAUUCUGUCAAUUUUUAUAAAUAUGGUAUUAUAUAUGGAUUUAAAGUAAACAAAGAAAUAUUAAAAGAAGUUGUCGAUGAAUUGUAUUCCAUCUAUAAUUUUAACACCGACAUAUUUACGGAUACUUCCUUUUUACAAACCGUUUAUUUAUUAUUUAGAAGAAUAGAAGAAACCUAUAGGACCCAAAGAAGAGAUGAUAAAAUUAGUGUGAAUAACGUUUUUUUCAUGAAUGUUGCUAAUAAUUAUUCCAAAUUAAACAAAGAAGAAAGAGAAAUCGAAAUACAUAAUUCCAUGGCAUCAAGAUAUUAUGCAAAAACGAUGUUUGCAGCAUUUCAAAUGUUAUUUUCAACAAUGUUGAGCAACAAUGUAGAUAAUCUUGAUAAAGCAUAUGGAUUAAGUGAAAAUAUCCAAGUAGCAACAAGUACUUCCGCUUUUCUUACUUUUGCAUAUGUAUAUAACGGAAGUAUAAUGGAUAGUGUGACUAACAGUUUAUUGCCACCAUAUGCGAAGAAACCUAUAACACAAUUAAAAUAUGGAAAAACCUUCGUUUUCUCAAACUAUUUCAUGCUAGCAUCCAAAAUGUAUGAUAUGUUAAAUUAUAAAAAUUUAAGUCUUUUAUGUGAAUAUCAGGCUGUGGCAAGUGCCAAUUUCUACUCUGCUAAAAAGGUAGGUCAGUUUCUUGGAAGAAAAUUUUUACCCAUAACUACAUAUUUUCUAGUAAUGAGAAUUAGUUGGACACAUGCUUUUACAACUGGACAACAUUUGAUUAGCGCUUUUGGUUCCCCAAGUUCUACUGCUAAUGGUAAAAGUAAUGCUAGUGGUUAUAAAUCCCCUGAAAGUUUUUUCUUCACUCACGGACUUGCUGCUGAAGCAUCCAAAUAUUUAUUUUUUUAUUUUUUCACAAAUUUAUACCUUGAUGCCUACAAAUCUUUUCCUGGAGGAUUUGGUCCUGCAAUAAAAGAACAAACUCAACAUGUUCAAGAACAAACCUACGAACGCAAACCGUCAGUUCAUAGUUUUAAUAGAAAUUUUUUCAUGGAACUCGUAAAUGGAUUCAUGUAUGCCUUUUGUUUUUUUGCAAUUUCUCAAAUGUAUGCAUAUUUUGAAAAUAUUAAUUUUUAUAUUACAAGUAAUUUCCGUUUCUUGGAUAGAUAUUAUGGUGUAUUCAAUAAAUAUUUUAUAAACUAUGCCAUAAUUAAACUUAAAGAAAUUACUAGUGAUCUUUUAAUAAAAUAUGAACGUGAGGCUUAUUUAAGUAUGAAAAAAUAUGGUUAUUUAGGUGAAGUUAUUGCAGCUAGACUUUCUCCAAAAGAUAAAAUUAUGAAUUAUGUGCACGAAACUAACGAAGAUAUCAUGAGUAAUUUAAGAAGAUAUGAUAUGGAAAAUGCUUUCAAAAACAAAAUGUCAACAUAUGUAGAUGAUUUUGCUUUUUUUGAUGAUUGCGGAAAAAAUGAACAAUUUUUAAAUGAGAGAUGUGAUUAUUGUCCUGUAAUUGAAGAGGUCGAAGAAACACAAUUAUUUACUACCACUGGUGAUAAAAACACUAAUAAGACCACGGAAAUAAAAAAACAAACUAGUACAUAUAUUGAUACUGAAAAAAUGAAUGAAGCGGAUUCUGCUGAUAGCGACGAUGAAAAGGAUUCUGAUACUCCUGACGAUGAAUUAAUGAUAUCACGAUUUCACUAA